AAUGCUGUCCCACACUGGCUGCCUCAGGAGGAGGCUCACUGCCAGUCUCUGUCCAGGGAGAAGGCCCCCAAGGAAAAGGCGCGCCAGCCAGCCUCCCAGCAGCCCCGCCAGGGACCCACCGAUGAGGCACAGAUGGCGGCUGCUGCCGCCUUGGCCAGGCUGGAGCAGAAGCAGACUAGGGCCCGAGGUCCCACAUCGCAGGACUUCAUCCGGAACCAGGUGAGGAAAGAACUUCAAGUGGAAGCGACUAUUAGCAGCAGCCCGGCGGCCCCAGGGACCAACAUGGUUUCUGGGCCCAAAGAGGAAGAUUCCACCCAGCCGCCAGUGUCUGGCGUAUACUUCACCUGCCCACUCACAGGGGCCACCCUGCGGAGGGACCAGCGGGACGCCCACAUCAAAGAGGCCAUUCUGUUGCAUUUCUCCACUGACCCUGUGGCUGCCUCCAUCAUGAAGAUACACACGUUCAACAGAGACCGGGACAAGGUGAAGCUCGCCGUGGAUACUAUCGCCAAGUACCUGGACAACAUCCACCUGCACCCGCAGGAGGAGAAGUACCAGAGGAUCAAGCUGCAGAACAAGGUGUUCCAGGAGCGCAUCACCUGUCUGGAAGGGACCCAGGAAUUUUUUGAGGCCAUUGGGUUCCAGAAGAUGCUGCUGCCCGUCCCGGAUCCGGAGGGCGGGCAGGAGGAGUUCUACUGCCGACUGCGUGAACCCGCAGGGACCUUCUAUGCCCGGGAACGGCUGUCAGCGCUGUACGAGUUCAUUCGAGGGGCCUUGCACAAUGACUGGUUGCCCUUUGAGCUCUUGGCCUCUGGAGGGCAGAAACUGGCGGAGGAUGAGAAUGUGGCCUUGAACGAGUGUGGACUGGUGCCCUCGGCCCUCCUGACCUUCUCCUGGGAUGCGGCUGUGCUGGAGGACAUCAGGGCCGCAGGGGCCGAGCCAGACUCUUCCAUCCUGAAGCCAGAGCUCCUGGAGGCCAUGGAGCAGCUCUCCUAAAAUAAAGGCAGAGCUGGCUUCUGCCUGA